UAGCAACCAAUAUUAUUGUUUAAUCUAUAAAAAUGAGUGGCGAAACGAUAUUCGAAGCACCAAGAAAAUAUAAUGUGUCACAAAUACGAGUUCAUGACUAUUUAUACGAUUCGGCGUAUAUCGUGUCUGGAGCUCGCGAUUAUGCAAGAACGGCGUUUAAAGCCGCCAUGGCGUCUGCGCAAGUGGUCAUCCAGCCAGUUUAUAAGACCAUGUUCUCUGAGCUACGCAAAUUCCCAAGAAUGAGAGUUGUGUAUCAUCCAAAUUGUAGACUCCCUCACCACGUGGACCGGUCGUAUGGCGCAUAUCUUCGUAAAGUGAGCGAAGCGAGAAAUGUGCCCACACCACAUCUGACCGGAAAGGAUAGGUUCAAGUUUGGUGCUGUCCCAAAGAAGCUGCUUGCUGUACCAUGUGCGACACCGGAUUUUCAACCACCUACUCCUGCGUGCACAGUGGGACCAACGAGACCAAGGAAUAGGGCGACGCAGAGUCUGUAUAGGGAAUCUUCAGCUCAAACGAUACCGUGGCAACCGGAAGCUAGGCCGGCGGAAACAUGCCAGGAAACACCGGAAGUUGUCUAUCUUGACAAUUUACAAUGGGGCCCGGGAAAGCCGUACCGAGUUGGGGAUUUGCCCGCCGACUUUCAUACCACGGAGAUUAUCAACAAAAUGCGUCAUGCCCGUAAAUGGACCCAGUUGAUUGAGAAAGGUCAGUUCCCAAGAUGGAUGAAACGCCAGGAAGCUAUCAUCACAGACAUCGAAACUAAGGAUUGGAUAUUCAGAGAGGCGGAAAUAGACGAACUGCAAGACAUCAGGCUGUCUCUCUUGCACAAGCAGCAAAGUGAGAAACGAGAGAGGCAGACAACACGUGUUGGUAAGAAGCUGGCGAAAUUAUGGGCGUGUAAGAAAGCUGAUAUGGAGAGGAAGAUUGAUCAUAUUCGACUGACCAGAGAUAGAGAAAUGCGCAAACUCAAAGCCCUACAUAGUAUGGGCGGUCGGGCAGGUUUAGUCGAAGCAAAACGAGCAGCUCGGGGUGGAGGGGACCCGGUAGCAGCGGCUGUAGAUCCUACUUCAGAUUUACGAGCACCUCGCGCCAGACACGGGUACCAGGCCAAGAGGAGGCACGCGGAAAUUGUCUAUGAUCCAAGAUUAUUGUCAUUAGAAGACCACCUUGCUGUUGCUGCUCCACCAGCCUGGCUGGAGCAGUGUGGCCAAAACUUAGGAAGGACAUGUUCUGGACAUCACCUGCCGAGAAACACAACCCAGCUCUGCGUAAGAGAGACCAAGUGGAGUGAAGAGUUCCUUGAGAGCCUUCAUAAUGAUCUAAAGAAGGCACGCCUCGGAGCUGUAUCUCACACUGCGGGUCCUCUACGUGUGUUAAAACCACGUCGGGUUGUGGUAACCCCACGACCUCCCACUCCCGAAGUGGAGGAAGUGCCUGACGAUGACGAGACAUCCCACCAAGCAGCCCUGACGCUGCAGAGGAUUAUCAGGGGACGGGCCGUGCAGAAUUUGAUGUACGAAGGACGUACCAGGGCAGCAGAACUUACGGAGGAAUUGAAAACUACGCACGGUUUACAAAAAGAAGAUCGCGCAAGAAUUGCUAGAGAGGAAGCAAAAGCCAGGGAUCAUGACGCUUUGAGAACAGAGGCUGAAGCUAAGGAAGACGCAGUUACAGCAUUAGUAGAAGAGUUGUGUGGUGGGGCUGUAUCAGCUGCCUUGGACUUCCUAGAAAAGGAGUUGAGACGACUGAAGGAAGAGAGAAGACAUCAUGCUUUCAUACUUAUCGCAUUACGCGAAAAGUCAAUGCGCGAGGCGGCUGAGGCUGGUCGAAGGCAGAAGGAAGAACAGAGGAGAAGAGAGCACGAUGAAAUGUUCAAACAGAUACUUGGAGUUACACAAGAGACGGUAGACGUCUAUCUACAAGAGAUACUGCAGCAGGGCGUGGAAUUGGCAGCAGAAGAAGAUGCUUUGAAGAAAGUGAAAUCUGAUGCUGAUAAAGUCGAUUUGAGUUUGAAGGAACAUGCUUCCAUGUCAACGGCGGAACAGAACGAAUUGGUUGCUGAUUUGGUACAGCAAUUCCUUCUGCCCGAGAUCCAUAAGUCAGCCAGUCGGAUGCAGAUAGCCGCGGUGCAGAAUUCAAGGAUGAAUGCAGCCAGGCACAGCAUCUUUGGGAUGCUGGAUGAGGCUGAAGAUAGAAGAGAACUAUGUACCCAAUGUGGAGAGCCGCUUGGUGAUGUUUGUCGAUGUCGAGUCUGCCCGAUCAAACGAGAACCUGUUGAGACCACUGCAAGGAAAGACCGAAGGUGGAGGUACACUAGAAGCCGUGAUCAAGAAGUUAAGACACGCGAUGAACGCUACACUCCUGCGCACGACAUUCGCUGUUGGCUCAACGAAUUACUAUUUGAUGUAAUGACAAGAUCGCGUGACCAUCGCGAAGAAGUGGCAAAUGUUACUUGGGAUGUGAACCAGCUGUUACGUGAGAAGGUGGAAAUAGACUUGGAGUCACGGGAGAUUAUUGAUGAAUGUAUAGCAGUGGCGACCGGAGCACUUCAAAAGCCAGUCAAGGUGUCAGAUUAUCGACAUUAUAUGAAGGUGAUUGUUGGGGAUGCCCUAGACAGGAGCGAACCAUUCAGACCCAAAGACCUCUGUUCGAAGGAGCUGCCAUCAGAGAUUCGUCGUAAGGCUGAAGAGGAACGGGCAUUAGCUGAUCCAUCCUGCAAGUGUUAUGAUGAAGUGCCAAGCACAUCAGUGCAAUUUGGUAUUUACUAA